CUGAGAUGAGGAAACAGCGGGGCUCUGGCUAUCCAGUUGGAAGGCUUGGCAAAUCCUCCCGAAGAACUCAUGAAAGAAAAGGACAAGGCAAGCAAAACUUCGGCUGUAAUUGUGAUGCUAAUCUUUGCCGCUGGGAGGAAAGUUUGCAAGGGUUUAUUUUCUCAACACCGUGCCAUGCUGUCUUUGCCUUUCUCAAUCCCUUGCUAAUUGGUGUCAUUCAAGUUAAAUUCCAAGGCACAGCUCAGUCUCCAUUUCAAACAAGCUUACCAAGCAUGUGGGCUUUUCUGUUGGCAACAAUCAUCUAUUGCUUUGCAUUCGCUGCCAACAUGAGAUUUAAGUGCACUUGGUACUCUCGACUUUCAGGUCAUGUUGCUUUCUUCGCAGGAUCUUUUUCAUCGAUCUCAUUGGUAUCGGUCCUGCUCCCAGCCCUGCUAGGGCGUCUUAUUUUUGCUGUGUGGAUUAUUUUGCCUGUCGUGGUUGCUCGUAACUUCGUCCAAUUCAUAUGUCUGUGGAUCUACCAAAGGAUAAUGACGUUAAUAUUCAAAAUACUUGGCUUUUGGUAUCGGUUCCUGGAUGACAUCUCGGUUGAGGAACAACCAGAAUAUCCUGUGGAGAUUAUUAUUUCCAAUUAA